CGUCUUCAUUGUUAUCAUCAUCAUCAUCACCUGUCUGUUAUAUAAAGUCAUCUCCAAAGGCGCCUAGUAUAGAAAAUUACAGAUACAAGGCUUCCUACUAAAUUUCAUUUUUGGCUGUUUUUCUAACAAAGUAGCUACCUCUGCUGAUGUCGUUUGCUCCUCCAUCUGGUCCUCCUCCGCCCCGCGUUCCUGAGGGCUGGAAGGCAGAGUACCAUGAUGGGUAUAAAGAAUGGUAUUAUGUUGAUUUGAGCACCGGGAUUUCCCAAUGGAAUCCUCCGCCGACGGAGGCCCUUGCUCCACAUCCUUCCCACCCUCCUACCAGUCCAUCUUCUCCUCCACCAUCAUAUGAAGCUUCAGGUCCACCUUCGGCGGUGGGCGCGGUUGGUUCUGGUCCAGAUCAGAAGAUAGGACCACACGCAACGCAAUCAGCGCUUGGUUCGAACAAUCCGUACAAAUCCCAAAUUUCCGAUAAUUCGAGCACAAUGCUUCCGGGAUCGCCUGUCGUGCCAGAUACAAAAGGCCCGGUAAAGUCACCGGAUCCAAAAAAGAUGAUUGAUGAGGAUGCAAGGCUUGCCGCACAGCUUCAAGAAGAAGAAAAUGAGCGAGCCAGGCAACAAGGAUAUGAUUGCGUCCUUGAGGCGAACAACACAGAACCAAACUCAAGGGCUUCGAAUCCCUCUGCUAACUAUAGCACCAUCGCCGCGGCUUCAUCAACAUUGCCAAGCCAGCUGCAGACUCGUGCAAAAGGAGGCUUCUUCGGAAAAUUACUGGACAAAGCCAGGCAGCAUGCACCAUCUUCAUCCCGGCCGCAGCAGCCAAGCUACUACCCUACCCCAGCACAGCAGCAACCACAGUAUGGUUACGCACCUCAACAACAGCCAUACGGUGGCUACCCGCCCCAAGGUGCAGGGGGUUAUCACGCACCUCCAUACUCACCGUACCAAAAUCCCUAUGGACAGCCUGGCAUGCAACCUGGCAGGAUGGCUGGCGGGCGUGGUGGCAGCGGGAUGGGAAUGGCAGGUGCUGCGGCUUUGGGUCUGGGCGGUGGAUUAUUGGGUGGUGCACUGUUGGCCAAUGCGUUGGAUAAAGACCAUGGGGACGGGUACCAGGAUGGUUUUGCCGAUGGAGGUGAUUUCGGCGGGUUUGAUUGAUCAGUUGCCAUAUAAUUAACUUUGAUGCUACGGUGUCGGUGUUCAGGGUCGCAUCUCUUGGGAGUUUGGGUGGUUAUCCCAUAAUGCGCGACGCUGAUGUCGCGAUGCGGAAUAAAUGAUUGCGCUCCAGGAGUCUGGUUAGGCGGGCUAAUUAGUGGUGUUCUGCACUAACAACCCUAUGUGGUGACUGGGUCUUCACUCCUUGACUUUUUGUUUAUUCAACUUGUCUUUCUUGCCUACGUGCGAGGUGUAGCAUAUUGGUUGUAUCUCAACUACUAGUUUUAGAUUUUAUGCCAAUCCGGCUGAGCAGGCUUUAUGUUGAGGAAAUAGUAGGGCUUAAGACUUCAAUAUUGAUCAAUAUUUUUGCGAUAUGGAGCAGGUCAAAUAAUCAAAAUGAUAGAGUUAUGAAUUUC